AUGGGGAGCCCAGGGCUGAAACUCGUUUGGAGGUCGAGGAAGCUGGUCUGGGUGUGUAGACCGGUGCCGCCGGGUGUUGGGAGUAGGCUGCUUUUGCACCCUGCUGGAGUCAGGGCUUUGGACUCUUACCAGUGCCCUGUCUCUCUCUCCUCCUCCUUCCAUCUCUCUUGUCGUGAGAAUAAAUAA